AUGUGGAAAUGGCCCAAAUAUCCAUUGCCAAUCCCAUUAACAUUAUCCUAUGAUGUGGAACAAUUGGAAUUAGAAUGGAUAGAGGAGGAGAAGAAAGGAAAAAAACGGAGAAACAGGAGAAAGAGGCAGCAAGGACAGACUGAAGAUGAUAUGACUGUGAAAUCCGAACCUGAAUUACUCGCCAGAGAAUCAGGAGUUAUAGAAAAUUCAAUAAUUGAGGACAUAGUAGAAAUGGAAGACAACAACGAAUCACACCAUGGCAGUGAAGAAUCAAAUUAUGGGGAAGACCCAGAAGAUGAGCAUGACACAGAAGAGGAGGCUGAGGAGGACUCAGAAGAAGAGGAUGAGUAUGACUCAGAAGAAGAGGAUGAGUACAACUCAGAAGAAGAGGAUGAAGAUGACUCAGAAGAGAGGAUUGAGGACUCUGAGCAAGAUGAGGAGGAUGAGGAGGACUCAGAAGAAGUAGAAAGAGGAUGA